AACCUGCAGAGACCGAGGGAAGUAAACGUAACCGCUGACCAACAUCUACCUGCACCCGAGGGACCCUACAGGCACCCACAUCCCCCCCAACACAGCGGACCAUGAAGACGUUGAUGGCUCUGCUGCUGCUGUGUGUGUGUGAUCCUGCACACAGCGACUGCCAGACAGACUGCCUGUCCUGCAGCCACAUCCUGCCCAAACAUCUGCCCUUCAACACGCUGGUUUGUCUCGCUGAGUGCGAAGCCAACGUCUCCCCGGCUUUCUCCUGGGACUUCUGUCGUAAAGUCCUGUCCUCGCCUAUUUCCUCCCUCACCGGUAUCGUACGGAAAAGGUCUCAGGAGGAGGUGGAGGCCCUGUUUCCUGAGGAGGAUGAACAGGAGGAGCAGGUGGCUGGAGAUCUGUUGCUGCCCUUUGCAUUGCAGAGUUACGAUCACGUGACGAGGGCGCUCGGGAUGGACGAUAGGGAUCUGGGGGGCAAUGGCGGUCCUCUGAACACAGCCUUAAAUUCCCAGAGUCCCCUGUCUCUUGAGGACGAGUAUGACGAGGAAGCAGGACAGGAAGGAGGAGCUGCUGGAGGACAAGGCGACGUCGGGCUGAGCGUCUCCAAGAGGUUUGGAGGGUUCGUCAAAGGAAGACACGGCUACAGGAAGCUGAUGUCUCCGGGGAGAUCGUACCAGAAGAGGUACGGCGGCUUCAUCGGCAUUCGGAAGUCAGCGCGCAAGUGGAACAACCAAAAACGUUUCAGCGAGUUCCUGAAGCAGUAUCUGGGGAUGAGCUCUAAGGCCACCGAGUACAACAGCCUGUCAGAGGACCUGACCGAACAGAACGAGGUUUAACCCCUUCACGCCACUGACAUUUAACUACUCCCUGAUGUCUUUGCAAUGUAUCCUCAUACAACGGUUUGUAUGUUUAUACAAAAAGGUGUUCCUUAUUAUUUGUGCGUUCUCCUACGAACGUCCAGCUGAUCAUUUCCGCUCAUUACAGGUUUUUCAGAGGAAGCUUGGUUUGGUUUAGGCCUCAAACGUUCUGGGUUACGUUUAUACAAAAAGUCAAGGAUUGGAAUAAAAAGCUAUCACGGAAAAUGUAAGACUAAAGAAAGUCACAAUCAAUGUUUGUGUCACAUGGGUCACAAACAUCUGUGUUGUGGGUGAAAGUCUUGUGUUCACCCAAUGAUUAUUAAACUAUUUAACUAUUUCCCAAUGCCUUUGCCACCUAUCCUCAUGCAACGGAAAAGUAAUUCCUCAUUGUUUAGUGCGUUUUCCUACAAAUGUCCAGCAACACGUGUCAAUUUACGUUUGUAAAGUAUUUUUCAAAUAAGGAAACAACUCGGUUUUGUUUAGGCUACAACGUUUCUUGGUUAGGUCAACGUAACUACAGGUUUUGCGUCACGUGAAAAAUAAGUCGUCAUUUCAAUUCAAUAUAAUUAAAGCAAUUGGUAAUAUUAAAGUACGGAAGUUACGAGACAAAUAAAUCAACCCGGUGUCACAUGGGAGACAAACAUCUGUCUUCUGGGUUGCUCUUUAAACCUUCUGGUUCAUAAUAUCCAUUAUCCAAAUAUCGGUCUCUGAGAGAAAGUUUUGACCUCCAUACCCACCCAUAAUUCUUCUGUCUUUAUACUUCCAGGUUCACACUUAUGUGGAAUAGAUUCAAUUGGUUUAAUGGGAUAUACACUAAUUACUUAAAGGUAGAGCUGCGUAUGAGAACAGCUGAUUAUUUUCCUUUACUCCACCAACAUGUAACAGGUGUCACCAAAGUAACCGCCAGUAAUUUACCAAAAACCGUAAAGCACUAAGACUCCCAUUGGAGGCCUCGUAAAAGACAAACUGAUUACCCCUCUCUGUUUUCAAUCCUCAUCGUUUUGGAAACAAUUUGACUUUUAUUAUCAAACCUACGCUCACAAGAAAAGGUUUAACUGGUAGACAUUUGGGAAUUGACCUACUGGUAUUGCCCCUAGAUGAACCAGUUAAAUAACCAUGUUUCAUUUGAUUAAUUACCCAAGCACUUUUCCACUUAAUUUGAGAAUUCCUCCCACAGUGGAUGCUCUAAAAUAAAGGUUUGAUUUUAUCUUCACACCCUACAAGCCAAAGGUUUUAAUAUGUUCCAUCCUUUUUUUAAAACACAAUUUAGGUAAUUUAGGUAUAAGAUACAAGGUACAAGUUUUCUCUUAAUUAAGUUAUUAAUUUAUGCUUCUUUACUCUCCCGGUGAGGCGUACUUUACAAAGCUUGAUGUGGUUGUAAUAAAAUACAACAUUUUCGGUUUUAAUAUUCAAUAAUUGGAACAAAUCUAAGACCAUCUCCUGACAGUUUCAUGUCCCUCAAUCAUUUUUAACUGAAUAUUUUCUGCCUCAAAGAGUGCUCUGCAGUUGAACAUCAAUAAGACAACAAUGAUAUUUAAUAGUUGGACCAUUUAACUCCCAUCAAAUGCUUUCCCCACUAAUUCAAAGACACGCAGCACUUGAGUUAACAGCUUAAAGAUCAAAAGUGAAGUGGCGUGUCUCCGGAUGUUAAUAUCAGUUGUUUAUUUUUCUGAUUACCUGUUUUAUAAAGUUUAUUUCCCAAGUUCAUUACUGUGCUGGGUCAUCUGUACAAACUACCAAAUCUUCUUACAUCUUUACUAUGCUACCAGCUUACGGCGAAAUGCAGUCUCUUUUAAAGGACACUAUCGUUUCAUGUUUUGGCCUUUUGGUUGGGGUAAUGUUGGCAGUAAUGUAAAGUAUAGUGUACGUGAUGUGUGGUAAAUAACAGAAAACAUGCAGCAAGAAGUCACUGAUUUAUCACUGUGCCAAAACACACCUGAGACAUGUGUCACUGAGACAGGUUUAAUAAAAAACAUGGAGGUGAAUUUAUACUCAGCACUUGGUAUUUCUGCAGUUUCUGUGUGCUAAACCGAUGUGAAGUACAAGUGAGCAUCGUCGUUGUGUCCAGAUGCCAGUGUGUACAAACUUUAUAUUAUUUUUCUUCAAACUGUAAUGGUGUGAGAUGUUGCCCACUAUGAGAACUUGUA